AGAAGAUGGUUUUGAAGAAGAAGUCACUUCUGCUCCACUUUGCCCUGACCGUAGCCGCCGCAGCUACUUGGAGCGCCGGCGAAGCCACAAGCUCGCCGAUUCUCGAUGUUUCCUCUCUGAAUCGAAGCAGUUUUCCGUCCGGAUUCCUUUUCGGCACCGCAUCCGCAUCUUACCAGUAUGAAGGUGCAGCAAAUGAAGAUGGAAGAGGACCCAGCAUAUGGGAUACCUUUACUCACAAAUACCCAGAAAAAAUAACGGAUCGGAGCUAUGAGGGCGACUAUGUAUAA